AUGACCGGGCCGCCGUCCUCUUCCUACCCCAGCCAGGUCUCGCCGUCAGCCGUCGAGAUUUCGCCGGAAAAUCGAAGAGAAAAGCUCGGUUUCGCCCGAAACUUCGCCGGCUUCGUUCUCCGUCGUCCGGCCGCCAUUUUUGGCGAUCAAGUUAGGGUUCGACCGAAUUUCGGGAUGAGAUUCCGGCCACUUCCGGUCAGAUUUUGGGGUACGUCCAAGAACAAAAGUGACUCCAAAUUAGGUGUUUUACCUAGGGUAUUACCAGGAUCGUGUAGGAUCCGACGGAUCGUAAAACGGAGUCCCGGAUACUCCGGAAAUGCCAACCAUGGGGUUAGGGUUUUAGUAACCGUCCGAUCCUGCGAUCGUGAGCGAUCCGACCGUCCGAUCUGGACCAAACUUGCAGGACGUGCAUCCUAG